CGCUUUAAACCCUGUCGAGCAGCUGAAGGAGGGUGUUUCAGUGAGUGUUUGAGGACAGUCAGCUUGAGUGACUGACGGUAAAUGGAGUCCAUCCAAGAAGCGCAGUAGAAGCGAUGCCACCGGUUUGUCUCCGACUAGAACUUGUUUAUGGUUUAUAGUCGAUACUAUUUGAUCGGUCAGCAAUCAAUCAACAGCAGCAGCGGAGGUGAAAACACCGGGGUGCUUUCUGCUCUUCUGUCAUAUAGGCACUUCCCAGUUUGUCUGUGUUUUGAGUUCAGACGGACCUCCCCUCCACCCACACCAAGAUGCACAUGAAUAGCUUAUUAAACCAGUGCA